AUGGCAAAGACGUCUCUGUUCUCAUUGCCAAAUGAACUUCUUUGCAUGAUUGCCGCAGGCUUGGGUGUCCGGGAUGUCAUAGCCCUGCUGGAAAGCGUUCCUGCCUUCUACAACCCACUUAUGUGGCAUUGUCGUCGCCGAAAUUAUCCAGAUCGCCGGGAAGGCCUCGUCGAAUCUGCCAAAGCUGGGGAUGUUUAUGGGACACGGCUGUUACUUUCGACGGAUGCAGACAUCCGAUGCGUGGAAAGUGACCCUGAGGAGGAAAGAAGAUUAUGGUAUGAUUAUGGGGAACCACACGGGCACUAUUGGAGCAGCUCAGCAUUGGAAAAUGCUGCGCGCAGUGGCUAUAAGGAGAUAGUAGAUGCUCUCCUUGAUCGCCUUGUUCGAGUAAAAGCGGCGAUCCCAAGUCUUCACAUUGAUUCCGUUGAGUAUGCACUAGAUUUAGCGGCUAAAAGAGGCUAUGUCUCCAUCGUCAAAAAACUGCUUGAUCUUGGUUCCGAUCUCAAGAGUCCAUCAGAUCUCAAUGAAGUCCUAUCUGACGCCUUGAUGGGGGUUCCUGAUUGGAAGAACAACGAGCUUUGCUUCUGUGACAUACACGCCUACACUGGAUCUGGCAACCAGACCAGGAAAGACUACUAUGGCCUUGUGGAGCUGCUUCUCGAUUCUGGUGUCAAUUCCAACUGGCCAAAACGUGAUCGAGGGCUUUCUUCGCGUGUAUGGGGACCGGUCACAAGUGCCCUCUUCCGGUGCAGCUCUAUGUCCAACGGAAUUUUACGCCUGCUCAUCGAACGGGGUGCAAGUGUGAGUGAAACUGUACUUCAUGCUUUUGUGAAAGCUUCGAAUCGAUGUCUGUAUCCACAAGAAGGGACUGCUAGUUUCCUCAUCCAGCACGGCGCAGAAAUUGACGCUCGGGAUGCCAACGGUGGGUCCGUUUUGCAUAAGGUCAGUAAGGAAGGCCUGGUGGAGUUGUUCAUUAAUCGUGGGCUCAGUCCAAAUGUAACCGAUGAUUGGGGCCAGACUCCUCUACAUGCUAUGGCUUACUGUGCGCCAAACACUAUGGUUGGCCCAAUUCGAUCGCUUUUGAAACACGGUGCUGACCUGUCUGUAACCAAUGAUGAUGGUAACACACCUCUUCAUCUAGCGAUAGCGACCUCAGAAUGGGAGAUCGUCGACUUGCUGAUUAGCCAUGGAGCCGAGCUGGGUUGUCACAAUUUGAAUGGAGAGACACCCUUAUCCCUUUUGGUCCAUCGUCAUCCAACUUGGGAAUAUAGUGGCUUGAACAGAGACCAGAGCAGCGAUCGCUGGAUCACAUAUAAAUAUGAGAUAUAG